UCCGAAAGGGGGCACAAAAGUUUUCAAAGUAAUCGAGUCAGCUCGAGACUGGGAAUUUGGGCCAAAUCAGCUUCGGAGAACGGGAAGAAGAAAGACGUGAAGAGGAGGAAAAGCUCCCGUCAAUUUCUUCUUCCUUCUCCACCGUCUCUCCUCGACCGCCGCCCCGGCCGCGCGGUCGAAAUUCAGCUCACAGCUGUUCCCUUACCUUUGCUUCGCCGCCAAGCAAGAGGGGGAGCACGAGAGCGAGAGGGAGAGGCGGCGAUCCGCGGACUCUGCAGCGACGUCGUCCGUCCGUCUUGUCUCUCUUCGCGGCGCGUCGGGAGUCAACGAGCGCGGCCCCCUCGUUUCUUCCUCUUCGAUCUCAGCAGCUGCUGCUUCCCAGGUUGGCGGCGGUGAUUGGCGCGACUGAUGUCGAGAACUCUGAGAAGAAGGCUCCAUCACGGAGACGUGGGUGGGAGGGGGACCGAGCAUCUGGAGAGUUCGGGUUUGGAAGGUUUGGAAGAGCCUUUGUUGGGGAGCUAUGAAGACGAUGAUAAGCGUUCCGAGGGACAAGUACUGGAAGAUCUUUGGGAUGAUGAGAGGAAAAAGGAGCGCCUCCAUUGGACAAUGUUAUUUAGCCAGUUGAUUGCACAGUGGAUGCAAUGGCUUGCUAACAUAGUCCUUGGGUCUGGAUCGCUGAUUGGACGGUUUCUUCCUCUUUCUUCUAUCACUCAGAAUGGACAAAGCAAGAUUUUGCAACCGACUCUUAGUCCAUUGCAGGAAGAAAGGCUUAGAAAUCUCCAGCAGAGGUUGGGAGUCCCAUUUGAUGGUUCUCGACUGGAGCAUCAAGAUGCUCUUAGACAGCUCUGGAAGUUGGCUUAUCCUGAUAGAGAACUCCCUUCGCUAAAAUCAGAACUGUGGAAGGAUAUGGGUUGGCAAGGUACCGAUCCUUCGACAGAUUUCAGGGGUGGAGGAUAUAUAUCAAUGGAGAAUCUUAUCUUUUUUGCAAAGAAAUAUCCGGAAUCAUUUCAGAGAUUGUUGCACAAACAAGACGGUACUAGGGCUGAGUGGGAAUACCCAUUUGCUGUGGCUGGCAUCAACUUGUCCUUUAUGUUGGCUCAGAUGUUGGAUCUUCAGUCAGGAAAGCCAUCAUCUUUGGCUGGCGUUAGGUUCUUAGAACUGCUUCAAGAAGAUGAAAUGGCUUUUGAUAAUCUCUAUUGCGUGGCCUUUCAAAUGAUGGAUGCCCAAUGGCUAGCAAAGCGUGCAUCAUAUAUGGAAUUUAAUGAUGUCUUGAAAUCAACAAGAACGCAGCUGGAGCGUGAGCUCUCUCUUGAAGAUGUUUCUAGCAUUAGGGACUUACCUGCAUACAAUCUGCUAAAGUUGUAACUUGUAACUGAGAGAUAAAAUAUAUAGUAUUGAAUUGUCCCAUCUCAAGUACGGUAUCUUCUUCACGUACUGUGCCUGGAUACCUCGUCAAUUUUUUCUAUUAGUGAAGUUGAGUGCACGGCACAAUUUGCUUGAUUGCUGUACAAUACCACGAAAAUCUGAAACUUCCCGUUGUCUAUCAAAAUAAGUUAUCGGGCAUUUUGUUUUCA